AUGAUUCCCCCUAGGCACCGGUUUUAUGUCCCAGGGGGUGGCCUAUUUCCCGGAGGCCCUCACACCUGGCAGGUUCUCCCUGAGGAUGAGGAUGGGAUCAAAGCUGUAAGACGAUAUGUGGAUCAACUUGGCCCCGAUGUGCACUCCUUAGAGCUUGAUUCCAAUGGUGAUCCGAUUGAUACCUCGCCGGAGGACCCAACGAUAGAGGUCAGGCACCCGGAGUAUUCAGGGGCUUUGGAGAAAGGAGAAGUGGCACGAAGGUCAGAGCUUACCGAGAUUGACCGGUUCCAUGUUUGUACAGACUUGGUUGAAUACCAGGACUCUCUCCAGGGAAACAAGCAAGUAGUGGCAUUCAAGUACACUAUCAUCCAGCAGCGAUUCCAACGUGUAGUCGUCGAUGAUGUUUCUGGUAAGGUCCUUGGAUUUACAUCACAAUUCAUAUCUGGGGGAACGCUCGAACACUACAAGGAUCACAAUCAACCUUUCUACUUCCGCUGGAUGGAGCAACUCACGACUGCUGUUGACGAUCUCAGCCUUACGUUCGGCAUCAUCCAUCAGGAUAUCGCUCCGCGGAAUAUCCUUUAUGAGCCUGCAACCAAAGCUCUAAAAGUCUCCGACUUUGACAGGUCAGCAUUGAUCGGUAGCAAGAUGCAGGAGUCGGGCCGUGACGAUGUUGAUGGCCUCAUCUUCACUAUUUACGAGGCUCUUACGACGGAUGAUCACUACCGGGAGAUUCCCUUCGAAGAACAGGACGUGAGCCAGGUUGAAAGACUAGAGGGCUGGAAGGCUGUUGUUCCACUAGAAGAAGGCAAAGGUGGGAUUGCAGCAUAUCGAGGCUUUCUGUCAGAAUGGGCAGCGACAAGGAGAACGACUCGGACUAUCAAGCAUUGUUCAGAGGCCGCCAAACCGAUUCUAUGGCCGGCUUACACGAAGCCGAAACAUUUCAUCCUUCAGACGGAGACUGGACCUCUUGAAUUAGGCUGCAGAACGAGGACAGAGGCUCUGGCGGCUGGGGACUAUGUUACUUGUCGGGAGAGGCCGUCUCUGGGAGCAAAGCAGUAG